GCGCGGCCCGCCCCAGCGGGCGCCGCCAUGUCGGGGGUCCUCGCCGCGGGUGCGUAGGUGUCUUCAUAAGAUGCCGGCUCGGCGGCGUCUGGUUCUCCCCCCGAAGAUGGCGUCCAUGCGGGAGAGCGAUACGGGCCUGUGGCUGCACAACAAGCUGGGGGCCACGGACGAGUUGUGGGCGCCGCCCAGCAUCGCGUCCCUGCUCACGGCCGCGGUCAUCGACAACAUCCGCCUCUGCUUCCACGGCCUCUCGUCGGCCGUGAAGCUCAAGCUGCUGCUCGGGACGCUGCACCUCCCGCGCCGCACGGUGGACGAGAUGAAGGGUGCCCUGACAGAGAUCAUCCAGCUGGCCACUCUGGACUCGGACCCCUGGGUUCUCAUGGUAGCUGACAUUCUGAAGUCCUUUCCCGAUACCGGUUCUCUUAAUCUGGAUCUUGAAGAGCAAAAUCCCAACGUUCAAGAUAUUUUAGGAGAACUUAGAGAAAAAGUGAAUGAGUGCGAAGCAUCAGCCAUGUUGCCGCUGGAGUGCCAGUACUUGAAUAAAAACGCUCUGACAACCCUCGCCGGACCGCUCACUCCCCCAGUGAAACAUUUUCAGUUAAAACGGAAACCGAAGAGUGCCACGCUGAGGGCAGAGCUCCUGCAGAAAUCCACCGAGACCGCCCAGCAGCUGAAGAGGAGCGCGGGGGUGCCCUUCCACGCCAAGGGCCGGGGGCUGCUCCGGAAGAUGGACACCACAACCCCCCUCAAAGGCAUCCCAAAGCAGGCGCCCUUCAGAAGUCCCACCACCCCCAGUGUCUUCAGCCCUGCCGGGAAUCGGACCCCUAUCCCGCCUUCGAGGACGCCUCUGCGGAAGGAGAGGGGAGUGAAGCUGCUUGACAUUUCUGAGCUGGAUAUGGUCGGCGCAGGUCGAGAAGCAAAGAGAAGAAGGAAGACAUUGGAUACGGAGGUGGUGGAAAAGCCAGCCAAGGAAGAGACAGUCGUUGAGAACGCCACCCCAGACUACGCAGCCGGCCUGGUGUCCACACAGAAACUCGGGUCUUUGAACAAUGAGCCUGUGCUGCCCUCCACGAGCUACCUGCCUGCCACGCCCAGCGUGGUCCCAGCCUCAUCCUACAUCCCCAGCUCCGAGACCCCACCAGCCCCAUCUUCCCGAGAAGCCAGCCUGCAGGCCAGCCGCCCGCCCGAGGAGUCCAGUGCCCCAAGCCCCGCGCUGCCGACACAGUUCAAACAGAGGGCACCCAUGUACAACAGCGGCCUGAGCCCGGCCACACCUGCGCCCACUCCGACAGCACCCUCCUCACCGCUGACACCUACCACACCCCCGGCCGUCACCCCCACUGCCCAGACACCGCCGGUGGCCAUGGUGGCCCCGCAAACCCAGCCCUCCACCCAGCAGCAGCCCAAGAAGAACCUGUCCCUCACGAGAGAGCAGAUGUUUGCUGCGCAGGAGAUGUUCAAGACGGCCAACAAAGUCACGCGGCCCGAGAAGGCCCUCAUUCUGGGCUUCAUGGCCGGCUCCCGAGAGAACCCGUGCCAGGAGCAGGGCGAUGUGAUCCAGAUCAAGCUCAGUGAGCACACUGAGGACCUGCCCAAGGCAGAUGGCCAGGGCAGUACUACCAUGCUGGUGGACACGGUCUUCGAGAUGAACUACGCCACGGGCCAGUGGACGCGCUUCAAGAAGUACAAGCCCAUGGCCAAUGUGUCCUAGAGGCCGCCCCUCUGCUGGCCUUGACUCAGGCUUCGGGGGACGACAGCGCUGCUGGCUUCGCUGGGUGACCUGCCUUGAUGUGCUGCCAAGCCCCAGCCUACUGAAGCUUUACAUUCGUUUCUCUGGGGUGUUUUGGACUUACUUUUUAAAUUUUAAUAUGGGUUACCUUUUGUGUGAUUUAAGACACUUUUUUGGAUUCAGUAUUACAUUUUUGAAUGUUAAAAUUAACCAAAAAAGUUACUUCCUAAUUUUAGUGACAGCUCUGCCUCUUAGACUUUUAUCUUUUUUUUUAAAUUCCACUGACCAUGAGGGAGGGUUUUUCCUUGUUAGUGCAGCACGCUUUCUACCCCACGAGGUUGAGGCGACCAAAGGUGGUGCCCAGCGAGGCUGAGAGCAGGAUGGGGCUGGUCGCCAAGGCCUGAGAGCAGGAGCUGUCUGGCCGCACUCAUCGCCCACAGGGUUUGUAUGUCUUUUCUACAGUCAUGAGCAUUUAAGACCAGUCUUCGGGUACCGGUUUUCAUUGUAAAAACUACCUGAGUAAUUAAAGUUUAGCUUUUCUAAAGAAAGCCCCAGAGCUGUGUUUUGGGCCAGCUCAUCCUCUGUGCUCCAGGGCCCCAGCCUCUCUCAGGGCAGGUGGUGGUGGGGUCAGCACAAAGGUCAUUCCCAAAGAUGGGUCCGGGGGAGAGGGGCACAUCAAAGGCUUUCUCAAGAAGACUGAGGGCCAGGAGCUCAGCCAGCUGCAGGGCUGGGACAAGUCAGCAGCUCCUUCUCUCCUGACACAGCAUUUCACCUUCACGGGUAUUUGGGAACCAA